UUUUAGAAGUAAUCAUCAUACCCAUUAAGGUUUGAAAUUGUUUUUCAUUAUCAACAUGUCUGAAAAACAACAUGAAGUAGAUGAUAUUUUGGAAGAGCAGCAUUUUCAACAUGUUAAAGAUGCUUUUUUCUUUUAUCAUUCUUCUGCACAACAGCAGCUCGAUCGACGACAAAAAUCUUAUGAUUCUUUACCUCAAAACCAUAAAGACUUGAUACCAACAUUGAAAACUCGUCUUUCUGACACACGCCGUGCUAUCGAUGAGAAUUACAAACUAAUUUGCAAUAUAAUUAAAAGUACAAAUGGAAUGUUUUCUAACUCAACUAUUGGUAACUCAAACAAAAAAAUAUCGUACAAACCACUCUCCGCAAAUGACAUGAGUCGCGUUCAAACAACCCUUAAACAGUUAGUAAGAGAUUGGUCUGUAGAAGGAAAAACUGAAAGAGAUCAAAGUUAUGGUCUUAUCUUGAACGAAAUUGAAGAGCUUUUUCCAUUAACGCUGUUUAAUAGAUCAAACAUUUUUGUUGUAGUUCCAGGAGCAGGCCUGGGACGACUCAUGUUUGAUAUUGCUGACAGGGGGUUUAAUUGCCAAGGUAACGAGUUUAGUAUGUAUAUGCUUUUUGCAUCAAACUUCAUGCUCAAUACAUGUCAUGAAGUGGAUAGUUAUCAUUUUUACCCUUGGAUUCAUGAUACAUGCAAUGUUUUUUCAAAUAAUGACCAGCUAAGAGUUGUAAAAAUUCCAGAUGUCUGUCCAAGUAUCCAAGGUAGAGAUUUAAAUUUUUCCAUGGCUGCUGGCGAUUUUUUAGACGUUUAUAAUUCAGAUAGUAAAAUAGACUGCUGCGUAAUGUGCUUUUUCAUUGACACGGCACAUAAUCCAAUAAUAUAUAUUAAUAAAGUUUUUGAAAUACUUAAACCAGGAGGAUACUGGAUAAACUUCGGACCGUUGUUAUAUCAUUUCUCAGACACAAUUGGUGAAAUUUCUGUAGAAUUAACCUACGAUGAGUUAAUGAAUGUGAUUUUGAGUAAAUUUACUUUGAUAAAAGAAUCAGUAGGUUUGAAAGCUGGAUAUGUACAGAACUGUAAAUCUAUGAUGAAAACAGAGUACGAGUGUGUGUUUUUUGUCGUUCAAAAACCAAUAUGUUAAAUUGUUUUUUUUUUUUUUUUUUUU